ACGCACGCACCAGAAGGCAGCUGUGACACCAACACCGGCUAAGCUAGAUAGUAGACAUAUGGCGGCGGGAGGCGUGUGGGUGUUCCGGAAGGACGGCGUGAUGGAGCUGGACGCAUCGACGACGGCGAAGAGCAAGGCGCUGGUGUACGUGCCGGCCAACGAGCCGAUGCGGUCGCCGCCGGCGCUGGAGCGGCGGCUGGGGUCGCUCGGGUCGGAGCGCUACUACGAGAACAUCGCCGUGGUGCAGCUUCACAGGCGGGACGGCGGCCUCGACCUCAUCACCCUCCCGCGCGACUUCGCCAGGCUGCGCUCCACCCACAUGUACGACGUCGUCGUCAAGAACCGAGGCCACUUCAGGGUCGUCGACCACGUCUACUAAUGUGCACUUUGCACUAAAGCCUCCCAAUUAGUAAGCUCUACUAAGCAUAUGUAGCAUGAGUAAGCCUAUACCUAGCAUAUGAAGGCGUCUCUAACGACUUCGCCAACCUCAAGAUGUUGUCCGUAUCGGCUCAGUAUCUCUCUUUCUCUUUUUUGCGGGGUAUCAGCUCAUUAUCUCGGAGAUGCUCAUAAAGGUAAGGUGUGUGCGUACGUUAUGGGGUUGAGUGUAUAUGAGCAUCUGAGCUUGUGAUGUGUUCAAAAAGAAUAAAUAUGUGUAACAUGAAAGAUUCUGUAGGAAUAAA